GUUUGAUGUUACUUUGACAACUUGUGUAAGUUAGCUAUUUACCAUUACCAACUAACUAGCCCGAAAGUCAUUGCUAGAAAAACUGGAAAUCUGAUCAUAACGUUACGGAACAACUAAAGAAUGGCUGCGGUUGUAGCUCAUUCACAUUACUCAUUUGGUCUGCGAACAGGGGUGUCAAACAACCUCUGCUACUUUGAUGAGCAAACGGUAAUAUUUCCCUGUGGAAAUAACUUGGUGCGCUACAACAUUGACCACAGAUGGCAGAGGUUCAUCCCAGGGUCAGAAAAAAGCCAGGGCAUGUAUGCCAUGGCCAUGAGCACGAACCAUCGCUAUCUGGCAGUGUCAGAGCGAGUAGAAAAGGGAGCCAUCACUGUGUAUGACUUGCACCAUGAGCAGAGUCGAAGGAGGAAGGUGCUGACCGGAGGUGAGUUGCCUGUCCAGGAGUUUGUUUGCUUGGCUUUCUCCCCAGAUUCCAAGUUUCUCAUCGGCCAGUCUGGUGGCCCUGACUGGACCCUCUUUUACUGGAUGUGGGAGAAGCAGAAAGUCUUAGCCACGGUCAAGACGUGCUCUUUCACCAACAACAUCUACAAGGUCAGCUUCAGUCCCCAUGACAACACACAUAUCUGUGUGACUGGCAAUGGCGUGUUCAAGCUGUACCGCUACGCCGAGGGCACCCUGAAACAGUGCAACUUCCCGAAGCUUGAGUCCUUAAAUAUCCUGUCACACGCCUGGAUGUCGGAGGAGCGUGUGAUCGCUGGCACUGACACAGGCCGGUUGCUGGUGUUUGAGUCCGGCGACAUGCGCUGGGAAAUGAACGUCGGCUCUAAGACCUCACAAGAGGUGGACAGACGAGAGAAGAACGCCUCAAACGAAGAGUCAGAGCUCCCACCCAUCCUGCCCCGGGUCACUGCCAUCGCGGCCUACUCCAAGGGCUUCGUCUGCUCCGCCGGGCCUGGCGCCGUGUGUCUGUUUGAGAAAACGGAGGAUAAGGACAACUAUCGCAAGACCAGAGAGAUAUGGAUUCCUCCAGACCCGUACAGUAAUGAGCCGAGACAAGCUCAGCAGCAGGAGAUCACCGGUCUGUGCAUCAGCCCGUCCGAGGAGGGUCUGUGUGCCUGCACUGACCACGGUCAGCUCUACAGCAUCCCCCUAGCCUCAGCCGAGAUCAGCAAGGGGGAGCAAGCCCACUUUGAGUUCCUGUCACAAUCUUUCCACUCCAAAGCCAUCACCGGCAUGUCCGUCUGCAUCCGCAAGCCCCUCAUCGCCACCUGUUCCCUGGACCAUUCGGUGCGCAUCUGGAACUAUGAGACCAAUGUUCUGGAGCUGCGUAAGGAGUUCCAGGAGGAGUCCCACAGCGUGGCACUGCACCCCUCUGGCCUCUACAUACUGGUCGGCUUCACCGACAAACUGCGCUUAAUGAACCUGCUCAUAGACGAUAUCCGUCCCUUCAAGGAGCUGACCGUGCGCGGCUGCAGAGAGUGUGCGUUCAGUCACGGAGGGCACAUGUUUGCCGCUGUCAACGGCAACAUCAUUCAUAUCUACUCCAGCACAACCUUUGAUAAUCUGCUAAAUCUCAAAGGACACAAUGGGAAGGUGCGGUCUGUGGUGUGGAGUAUGGACGACAGCCGCCUGGUGUCAUGUGGCAUGGAUGGAGCUGUGUACGAGUGGAACACACUGAGCAGCAAGCGAGAGUCGGAGAGUGUGCUCAAGUCCUGCAGCUACAACAGCGUGGCCAUCUCAGCAGACGGCAAGACCAUCUUCGCUGUCGGCACAGACAGAACCUUGAAAGAGAUCCAAGACUGUCAGGUCCUGAGGGAGAUGUGCGCUGACGAGGUGACAUACACGGCCAUCACCAUGACCCGCUCCGGCCGCGCCAUCUUCAGUGGCACCUCCUCCGGCACCAUCAGGGUCAUCAAGUACCCGAUCCCCAUCCACAAGGAGUGGACAGAGUACCAGGGACACUCCUGCGCCGUCACUAAGAUGGCCGUCACUUUUGAUGACCAAUACCUGCUGUCCGUGUCCGAGGACGGCUGCCUCUUCAUAUGGAAGAUCAUUGAUAAAGAGGGCCGGGGCCUGAAGAGAGAUAAAGACGUGUCCUACGCUGAGGAGAUCCUCAUCACCAAGUCUGACCUGGAGGAGAAGAAUCAGGUCAUGAUGGAGCUGAAGACUCGGGUGGAGGAACUCAAGAUGGAGAAUGAGUACCAGCUCCGCCUGAAGGACAUGAACUACAACGACAAGAUCAAAGAGCUCUCCGAGAAGUUAAUUCACGAGAUAGAAUCGCUCAAGACCAAGAACCAGGUUCUCAAAACUGACAUGGAGAAACAAGACAUGGGGCACCGGGAGUUAAUGGUGGAGGCGAACGAGAGGCAUAUGAAAGAGCAGCAGGAUUUCGAGUCGACGAGCAACCAGAGGCUGAUGCUGGAGUACGAGAAGUACCACGAGCUGCAGCUGAAGUCGCAGCGCAUGCAGGAGGACUAUGAGCAUCAGCUGCAGGCCAUGGAGCAAAGCAAGUUCCAGGCGCUCGAUGACCUCACCUUCAGCUACGAGGCCAGACUGCACGAAAAGGAGCUGGUGCUCUCUCAGUGCCAGGAGGAGUCUCAGCGGCAGGUGCGGGAGUUUGAGGAGACAAAAAAACAGAUUGAGGAGGACAGUGAUCUCGAGAUCCAGAGCAUUCGCCUCAAGUACGAGAAGGCCAUCAGGGAAGAGAAGGAGCUCACCCAGUGUCUGAAGGGGGAGACGGGAAUCAUGAAGAAGAAAUUCAGCAGCCUGCACCGAGAGAUUGAAGCGCGCAACCUUGAGAUUGACCGGCACAAGGAGGAGCUGCAGAAGAUGCAGAGCGUGAUCCGAUCACUGGAGAAGGACAUCAACACCCUCAAGAAGGAGAUCCAGGAGAGGGACGAGACCAUCCAAGAUAAGGAAAAGCGAAUAUAUGAGCUCAAGAAGAAGAACCAGGAGCUCGAAAAGUUCAAAUUUGUUUUGGACUACAAAAUCAAAGAACUGAAGAAACAGAUUGAGCCCAGGGAGAAUGACAUCAAAGAGAUGAGAGAAGUGAUUACAGAGAUGGAGGCUGAGCUGGAACAGUUCCACAAGAAGAAGACACAGCUGGACCUGAGCUGCUCUGAGCUCAAGCUCAAACUCAAGGCCACAGAGAAGGAGAUGUCCAAAGGGCUGAAGAGGGUGAAGGACAUGGAGUCCUUGGUCCACAGGUUCAAGACGGACCUGCAUCACUGCGUCAGCUUCAUUCAGGACCCCAAGAAGCUGAAGGACAGCAUCCGGGAGCUGUACGAGCGCUACGUGCAGCAGAGUGACGUGGUGAGUCAGGGUCUCCAGCACAAAACAGCUAGAGCUGCCAUUAACUCAAAUGCCCGCCUGCCGUACCACCACUCAAAUGCCCGCCUGCCGUACCACCACUCAAAUGCCCGCCUGCCGUACCACCACUCAAAUGCCCGCCUGCCGUACCACCACUCAAAUGCCCGCCUGCCGUACCACCACUCAAAUGCCCGCCUGCCGUACCACCACUCAAAUGCCCGCCUGCCGUACCACCACUCAAAUGCCGCCUGCCGUACCACCACUCAAAUGCCCGCCUGCCGUACCACCACUCAAAUGCCCGCCUGCCGUACCACCACUCAAAUGCCCGCCUGCCGUACCACCACUCAAAUGCCCGCCUGCCCGCCUGCCACCACCACUAAAUGCCUGCCUGCCGUACCACCACUCAAAUGCCCGCCUGCCGUACCACCACUCAAAUGCCGCCUGCCGUACCACCACUCAAAUGCCAGCCUGCCCGUUACCACCACUCAAAAUGCCCGCCUGCGUGCCACCACUCAAAUGCCCGCCUGCCGCCUGCCGUUACCACCACUCAAAUGCCAUGCCGCCUGCCGUACCACCACUCAAAUGCCGCCUGCCGCCUGCCGUACCACCACUCAAAUGCCGCCUGCCCGUUUAUGUAAUAUGAUGUGUCCUGUCACAGUGAGAGCUUCUGUCGAUUCGGUGGCAGGUGCUCUCGUCCCGCGGCUGAACUUUAACGAGGAGGCAGAGCGCAUCAUCCAGAUGCAGCGCACGGAGAUCCUGCGGCUGCGACAGGAUAUCCAGAGCCAGAGCCAGCGCCCUCACACCAGUGGCACCAUGCUCCCCACUCUGGCCACCUAGCCUCGCCCCCACACACACACACACACACACACACACGCCCAGCCACACAGCCAGCGCCCGCACACCAGUGGCACCAUGCUCCCCACGCUGGCCACCUAGCCUCGCCCCCACACACACUCACACACACACACACGCCCAGCCACACAGCCAGCGCCCGCACACCAGUGGCACCAUGCUCCCCACGCUGGCCACCUAUUCUCGCCCCCACACACACACACACACACACACACGCCCAGCCACACAGCCAGCUGUCCGCUCCCGAUGCUCCCGGCCCCCCGGCGCGCACACUCCCCUCUGGGCCUCCACAUGGGUGAGAAGGGCCAGCCUGGAGCUGUCUGGGAGGGGAGUGUGUUUGGAGGGGUUGAGAGGAAGAUCAGUUUAGAAAGGGGUCUAUCCCCGAUUCUAAUAGUAGGUUAACCAGUUUAUUCAAUGGUGAAUUUGUGAUUUAAUUGUCAAACUAGACCGUCUGAAAUGAACUGGUAAAUAUCGGGCUUAAAUUAAUUGUCAUCAAUGCUGUAAAGAUAUGUAAUGUGACACACAAAUUCAAUGUUUACUGGAGUAAGAGGGAUUCAGGCAGAACAUAUUAUUAGUGUUGAAAUAUGUAAAUAAAUAUUUUAA